AUGGGGGAGGAAGAGGAAAAGGACGCGUUGGCCCACGCCAUGGAGCUCGCAACUGAAGGCAUGGAUGAGGCCAAAGAGGAGGAGGGUGACAACAUGGAGGAAGGCAGGAAGAGUGAAAAGAAGGAAGCAAAAGGAAAGGGAAGUCCAAAAGCAAAGGGAAGUCCAAAAAAGAAGGCAAAGGCGAAGGCAAAAGGUAAGGCGAAGUCUGUAAUGAAAAAGCCUGCCUCGAGUUGCACGACUCAGAAGCUAGAGGCUGAAGAGAACAAGAAGAAGAAUGAGACCAAAAAGGAUAGCAAGACAAAGAAGACCGACGAAGAGGGGAAGGGUCCGAAGUCACAGACCAAGGGAAAGAAUGAAGAUCCCAAGGACCCCAAGGAGAAAAAGAGUGGAAAGAGAGCCCUGGAAGAAAAGGCCAAGGCAAUUCAGCUCACCCAAAGCAGUGAUGAGGAGGGGGAGGGUGAGGAGGAGGAGAAGCCCUCGGAUGAAUUGGACGAAAAGAGGCACCCGAAGAAAGCCUAUGUGUUCAACAAGCUCUUGGCCACACUGCCGGAGACGGUGCAGAGCAUCUUCAAUGACAAAACCGUUUCCAGGGCGCAAAAAACAAAGUUGGUGAACAACAUGGUUGAGGAGAACAGCAAGGGGAAGUUCGUCUUGAAGGAUGUGGCUGACUGUCCAGUGGCCCAAGCGUUGAGCAAGCAGUACAACUUGACCAAGGGCAAGGAGAAGGCCAAGGGAUACCCUCGUUGUGUCAUCGCCGCCAAGCUAGGCGGGGAGAUGCAGCUCGAGCGCGCCCUUCAAAGUGGGGAAGUGGUGCCUGUUGAGGACAAAGGAAAGAUCUUUUAUUGCAUCCAGAGCAUCAGCAUCACUAAGGAGAAGGGUGUGACGCAGAGUGUCAACAUGCAGUCUGCUCCCCGAGCUCUCGAGAAGGAGUCUGAGAUGGAGGCCUUGACAACCUUCUUCGACACCUUUGACCCUGCUUUGGUAUCUACUAUGCAGCAGAAACAAGUGCAGUUCGACAGGCAGGAGCAUGGAGGUCGACCGCAACCGCAAGCGCCGCUGGCCCUAUGUGACGCGGCUCCUCCCUCUUUGCCAUCCUCUGGCUCAACAUGUCAGUUGCCAGACCACGUCCUGGGGAAGAUCGACCAGGCUUUAGAUUGGGGCAAGAAAGUCAAGGAAUCAGUCAAGAAGGCCCUGAGUUCUCCUGUGUCUGGCACCACUGGCCAGAACCUCAAGGUGCAGCUCCAGGGCAAGAUUGAUACACUCUUGCGGCAGCAAAUGGCAUUGGAGAACAUGCGGAUUUCAGGAGUGGCCACCAUGGCCAAUGCGAAGACCUGUCUACUCGAGGCAAGUCAAUGCUUUGUGGACGUCCAGGAGUUGAUCAAGGCAAUCGGUGCUAUGGGAUAG